GUUGAGUUUGACACGGGAGCAGAAAAACAGGGAGCUAAAUUGGUUCCUGAACCGGUUUCCGAACAAGAAACUGAAACAAUUGUCGACACAGUUCCAGAGUUUGAAGUCGGUGGAAAUGAUGAGUCAAAGGUAGCCUCUGACAGUGGGAGUUCGGAGUCUGAAGAUGAACAAUCCCCAUCUGACCAGACUGAUCAGUGGGUCAAGAGCAGAUAUGUUCACCAAGACUGUGGUGCUGGAAAAGCUGAAGCUUUGGAUAGCUUCAGCUGGUCUCCUGGAAUAGUGUUGAGGAGAGGGGCAACUAGGGAGAUGUGAAGAUCAAGGAGGAUCUUUCAUUUACAGAAGUACAGAGAGAAGCCGCAGUUUGGUCCAAAGACUCCAAGUGGGAGAUUGUUGGUGAUGUGUAGUCAUCGGCCCAAAGUGGCCCACUUGUAGACAACUGAGAGUUAGGAGACCAGAUUAGGGUUUCGGCCGGCCCAAAUGGUUUUAAGCCCAGUUUGCUAUAACUUGUCCAG